GGCAGGCGGCGGCUCCCGUCGCCCUCUGGCUGCGCGCUGGCUGGGCUGGGGGCUCUUCGGGCUGCCAGGACCCUGCGCCGGAUCGGGGCCCCGGAGGCGCCUUGCCCGCUCGGCCGCGCCCCUCCUCCUGCGCCUGCUCUGCGCCCCUGACGGUCCUAAUGAAAGACUCCCUUGAGGAUGGACUACAGCAGCGAGAUACUCUUGGUCCCUUGUGGAAAAGAGAAAUACAUUUCAAAAAACGAGUUGCUACUACACCUGAAGACAUAUAACUUGUACUACGAAGGUCAGAAUUUGCAGCUACGGCACAGAGAGGAAGAAGGGGAAUUCAUCGUGGAAGGCUUAUUAAACAUUUCCUGGGGGUUACGCCGGCCAAUCCGCUUGCAGAUGCAGGAUGACAACCAGCGCAUCCGUCCCCCACCAUCCUCCUCCUCCUGGCACUCUGGCUGCAAUCUAGGGGCACAUGGGUCUGUUAUAAAACCCAGUACCUUGCCGGACAUUGAAGUAACCGAUGCUGAGCCCUCAAUGGAUGGCGAUGAAAUUGACAGCAUGGAUGAUGCCAAAGAUCUUUCAGCCCAACAGGAAGAUGCACCUCAGCUAAUGCGCACGCGAAGCGAUGUGGGAGUGCGCCGCAGGGCGACCCUCCGCACCCCAAAUGAAAAGCGCCGGCUGAAGCGCCACCGCUUCUCCAUCAAUGGGCACUUCUACAAUCAUAAAACAUCAGUGUUCACUCCUGCCUAUGGCUCCAUCACGAAUGUUCGAAUAAACAGCACAAUGACAACGCCCCAAGCUCUGAAAUUGCUGCUCAACAAGUUUAAGAUUGAAAACUCUGCAGAGGAAUUUGCUCUGUACAUCGUCCACACUAGCGGAGAAAAACAGAAACUAAAAGCCACUGAUUACCCACUGAUUGUGCGGAUUCUUCAGGGUCCAUGUGAACAGGUUUCAAAGGUUUUUUUGAUGGAGAAAGAUCAAGUAGAAGAAAUCACCUAUGACGUUGCUCAAUAUAUCAAAUUUGAAAUGCCUGUCUUGAAGAGCUUCAUUCAGAAACUCAAAGAAGAAGAAGAACGGGAAGUGAAGAAACUGAGACGCAAGUAUUCGGUUCUACGCGUAAUGAUUGAGCAACGAUUAGAAGAGCUCUCCGAAGGCCCAGCCACAAUGUAAAGCACCCUCCUUGGAGAAACUGGAGUCUGGACGAGGGACUUCUCAAAGACUACAAAUGCCGUGCUACAAGCAAAGAGCACCUAUCAUCACUGUAGCUGAGCUCGAACAUGGAACUUGCUUUGGCUACGUCUCUUCCUUUCUCCCCAGCUGUAGAAGGUGAAAGUGGAAUCUGUAGGUGCUGAAGUAGAAUACCUCUGAGGACAACAUGUGGGGCAUGAGCUACACAGGAAAGUCACCAUGUGCCCUCAGUUGAGGCAUCUGACUGGCUGUAGGAAGCAGGAUUCUGGGUUAGAUGAUCUUUUGCAUCUAAACCCAAUGUUCUUAGGGGUCUGUUGGCCAUACCUGUUUGGAUACUGCCUCUUUGCUUGUCAGAAAUGUCAUCCUGUCCUUCAAAUCAAACUUUCUGGUGUAGGAACAAACACUUGUUUGGUCACACCUUGUUGGCACUCCUUCCUACCCUCCUCCAGCCAUGCUUGCCAAGAUUCAGUAUGGUCCUCCAAUUUCUUCAUUAGUUCUUCUCCUCAGUGGGCUGGUGCAUCUCCAUUCAACCCAACCAUAGGCCACUGGGAGUCCUCAUGCCUUCUGCUGUGGCAUUGGGGCUCUUCCCUUGUUCUUUGUGAGCCUCCGAGGCAAGUAGUUCUGCUUUUUUGGCAGAAAAACUGCCCCAAGUAGACUCAGAUGGUUGAAAUUGAUUAAGGCUAUUUUUUCCCAUGUUGGGUAAUGCAUUUUGAAUGCACUUUAGCAAUGAUUAGCAACUGGGUUUUCCUGUUUCACACAUGGAAAUCCAGUUGCAAACAACUGCUCAAGUGCGUUGAGAAUGCAUUAUCCAAUGUGCGUGAAAGCUGCCUAAAUCUCAGUCCCUUCCACAGACCCCCAUAGCCCCUUUGGGCUAUCUCCAGUUAGUUCUCUUAAGUCCUUCCCCAUGCCACACUAUUUCCUUUGAGAAGAAAUGAUGGCUGAAAAGCCCAAGCAGAAAGUAUGAGACAUUCAUCUUGGCCCAAGAACUUGCUUCACUGGGUUGACUUUUCCAUAUGACUUUGGUUUAAGAGUAGUUCUCAGUGAAGUAUGGAGAGAGGCUCUGAAUCAGCAUGACUGACAGCCAAGGCCCGGUUCCUGACUCCCUGUACCACUAGGACAGGCUGCAGGCAGAAGGACGUGUAGGCCUCACCUCCUCUGCUCUGCAGCACCACCACUGCAGGAGGCCAGAAGGUGCUAUUGCAACUAUCAGCUCAGCAGGAAUGAGAUGAUCCAAGAAGCCGGUGGGGUUUCACGCGGUCUCACUUAAGCAACUGGUUGCUCAGCAUAGGCAGAUUCUGCACGGGCCCCUACAGCGGCUUCUCACUGGCAUAUAUGAUGUGCCAGUGGAGCCUCGGGGCUGUUUGCAUGGAGGUGCGAGCGGCUCCAGAGCGGCUGCAGCCCACAGAGGCACCUCCACAUGG